AUGUCGUCGAAGACGCUUCACAACGAGCAUAUUAAGAGGCCAAUGAACGCGUUCAUGGUGUGGUCACGCGGACAGCGACGGAAAAUGGCACAGGAGAACCCGAAGAUGCACAACUCGGAGAUCUCGAAGAGGCUCGGGGCUGAAUGGAAGCUGCUCAGCGAGAGCGAGAAACGGCCUUUCAUCGACGAAGCCAAACGAUUAAGAGCCCUCCACAUGAAGGAGCAUCCAGACUACAAGUACCGUCCCCGCCGGAAGCCGAAGUCCCUGGUGAAGAAGGAAAACAAAUUCGGCUUCUCGAUAUCGCCCCUGAUGUCCUCAGGUGAAACCCUAGGCAAUAUAUCGAGGGGUCUGUUGCCGCCUCUCGCGCCCCCGUCGCAUCACACGCUGAUGAGCCACGAGGAUCUCAAGAUUCCCCGUUUCUUCCCGCCCUUUCCGUAUCCCCUUUACCCGAUCCAGCACAAAUUAGGAGAGGAAUUCAACGGCGGCAAAUUAGCAGCUGACCUGGCCUUUCAGGCUCUCUACGGCGGCAGUACGUUCUACUCGAGCCACCAGACCAUGUCCUGGCCGAGUUUGUCCACGGCGACCUGCCUUCAGCCGAACUGCGGUUGUCCAAGUCCACCGAAGGACUCGAAGAGGCCGUAUCUACCCGCGAAGAUAGAAGACAGACCGUUUCCUAGCCCAGGGAAGCCGGAAGACGACAAUUUCCCUUCAGACAGAGACUCCAGCAGGGAGGAAUCACGAUAUAGGAAGCUAGAAGACGAGAGUUUCUCACCGUCAGUGGACAGGCAUCAGGAGGACAGGUCCCAGGACCGUUUCUCCUCGUCCUCGUCUUCAUCCCCGACCGAUCAAACCGAGAAAGUCAUCAAUACUGCCACAACGACGACGUCCACAACGUCGACCAAAGUGGAAAACGCGUUCUCCGUUCAGAACCUAACCUCUUCCAGCUCGAACUUGUCCGCCCAUCGCGGCCACGUCAUAUGAAG